AUGCCAGGCCCUUCGGUUGCAGACGGCCAAGCAGCAGACAGUUACCUCUUUAAGCUGGUCCUGAUUGGUGACUCUGGUGUGGGCAAGACAAAUUUGGCAUCCCGUUUUGCCCACAAUGAGUUUCACGGAGAUUCAAAGGCCACUAUCGGCGUGGAGUUCCGUUCUAAGACAAUGGAAAUCGACAACAAGGAGAUAAAAGCCCAAAUUUGGGAUACGUCAGGGCAGGAGAGGUAUCGAGCGGUGACCAGCGUGUAUUACCGCGGAGCGCUCGGCGCGCUGCUGGUGUACGAUAUCAGCCGGCGUAGCAGCUUCGACAACAUUUCGCAAUGGCUCCGAGAAGUUCGAAGCCAAGGGGACAACAACCUGGUGGUCAUGCUGGUGGGCAACAAGACGGAUCUCGCUCAUUUGCGUGCUGUACCUACUGAGAAGGGCUUGGAGCUGGCUGAGCGGGAGGGCAUGUUCUUUAUGGAGACAUCCGCCCUUGACGCCACUAAUGUAGACGAGGCGUUUGAGACAGUCAUUGCUGAAAUUUACAACCACGUCAGCAAACGCCUUCCUUCUCAUGAUGAGGAGAAUGGGAAGCUUAACCUAUCGGCCGGGAAGAAGCUGAACCUUCCUGAUGAUGGGAGUUCUAGGGGUGCGUGCUGCAGCAACUGGGGUUGA